AUGGCCGACGAUAGAGGCGGCCGGUUGCUGGCCUCAACGUGGUCAUUAGUAGGCGCGAGCGCUAUCCUACUGUUCCUCCGCAUAUACUGCAAAAUAUGGCGUGGUAGGGGUUUGUGGUGGGACGACCAUUUACUGAUCGGGUCCUGGGGAUCCUUGGCGAUUUCCGUCUCCAUCAACACCUACAUUGUGUCUCUGGGUUUCGGUCGUCACCUUUGGACCAUCAGCGAUGAGAACAAGAAGGAAAUUAACCUCUUCACGAUUCUCGUCGCAACAUUCGGCAUCAUCGCGACGACGACGAGCAAGACGUCAUUCGCCCUCACGUUGUACCGGAUCGUAACCAACACAUGGACGAAAUACUUUCUCAUAUUUGUGAUCGUGUCGAUCAACAUCUCGAUGAACCUGGUAUGGAUGUUUGGGUUCGCCAAGUGCACCCCGUUGGCAAGGGUUUGGGAUAGCACCGUACCGGGGACGUGUUGGGACAAGACGCAACUUGUGCGAUAUCAACUCUUCGCUGCUUAUUACUCCGCCAUCUUGGACUUCGUGUUGGCCUUUAUGCCCUGGCCGAUCCUCAUGGGAGCAACCAUGCGGCGACGCGAGAGAUUUGGAGUUGCGGUGGCUAUGAGUUUAGGAGCCAUUGCCGGAGCCUGCGGGAUCGUCAAAGCUGUGCUGGUCGUUUCUAUGACCAGCACAGAUAUCACGUACGACCGCGUGGACCUGACCAUCUGGACGCUGACGGAACCCGCCGCAUCCAUCAUGGCCGUGUCGAUUCCAGUUUUGAGAAUGUUGUAUCGCGAACUGAAAUCAGCCUCGCGGAGCUACGGGCGAAGCAGAACACAAACGAACCCUCUCGAGACGGCGAAGACCAGAACUAAGCGAUACGGCCAGAACACGCAUUACGGAAGAAACUCUGUUGUUGUCAUGUCGAAUGCCAGAUGGCAAGAGUCGCAAGAGGCUUUGCAAGAUGCGGAGAGUGGCCAGACCACGCCGCGUGGCAUUAUGAAAACAGAGGAAGUCAGGAUACGGCACGAGAGUAUGCCUCCAUCUGGUGACAGUAAGAACUCGAUAGAGCUUGAUUCAUUUAAGUAG